AAUGAACUGGAAUGAACCGGAAGAAAAUCAGACACAAACCUCGAGGUUACUCUGUACAACUGUAGUAGAUUCCUCUUUUCUCUCUUGCCCUCUCGCUCUUGCCUCUUGGGUCUCACUAACUUUCUCUGCUUUUUGGCGUUUGCAUUUUUCUCUUCUUUGUAUAUUUUUUAGCUUUUUUUUUAUAUCACCAUUUCAUUCUUAGUUUGGCCUUUCACCAUCUCUGCAUAAUCUUCCUCUCAAAACUCCAAAAAAAGAUCAAAUAAAGUAAAAUAAUAAAUACUGACACUGCUCAGCUUGAAUUCAUUGCUCUUUCUCAGUCUGUUUCAGGUUUCCGUUAAUGGCUUCGAUUUUAUGACUCGUCAACUACUCAUCUUGUUUGCUCUGUUUCCUCCAUCUUUUCAUGAAAACAACCAGUCCUCUCUGUUUUUGGCUCUAAGCAAAUGUGAACCCCUGAGCCUCAGCCUACCUAAACAAGUCCAACGAUUUGUAUUGUCCAAAUCCUCCAACCGAAGCUUUUACCAAACUGGGUUUUUUUCGUUUGGGGCUGAAAGUGGGUUCCUAAAAUUUCCUCCUCCAUCAAGAACUACAAGGGUUUGUUCCUGAGGCCGAGUGAUUAAGCUUUUCAUUGCAAAGACCUUUUUUUUUUUUUUUUUUUUUUUUCAAGCUCGUUUACGCAUAAUCGAAAAGAUGGGUCUAGUUUUAUGAAUUUGGGUUUCUAAAAAAUGGGAUGUGCAAACUCCAAAUCCGAAAAGAACGAAGCUUUGCGUCUCUGUAAGGAGCGCCGGAGGUUCAUCAAGCAAGCAAUUGAUUCAAGGUACGCUCUAGCAGCUGCUCAUGUAUCUUACAUUCAGUCUCUUCGAAACAUUGGCAUUGCUCUCCGCCGUUACGCCGAGGCAGAGGUGCUGAUAGAGUCUUCUCUGUCAAUUUCCGACAAGACUCCAUCGCAUUCUUCGUACCCUUCACCGUCUCCUUCCCAUCUCGCUGAAGUUUCAGAUUCACCAUUGCGCAAUGAAAGCCCUCUUUCACCUUCAGUGACCACUUUGAGCUAUAUGAAAUCAGGAGGUACUGCUGCUGUGACUGUUAGGUUCAACCCUCUUAGCGAUGGUUAUGUGGAGGGGGAUUAUACAAUGCCACCACCACCACCUCCUCCUCUUCCUGAAUCAGGGGCUUCUUGGGAUUUCUUUGAUCCCAUUGAUGACAAUGAGAGCUUCAGGUUUGUGGGAAAUAAUGCUGUGGAUGUUAAUUUUGACGGAAUGAGAGGGUGGAGACAGUUUGGGAGUGAAGGAACUGAUUCCUCCACUCUUGAGGAGACAAAAGGAAAAUGGGCAGAGGUUGGUUUUGAUGAUGGUGGCAUGGAAGUUCAUGAAGGGACUUCGAGGCCUGAAAUGGGAAAAAAGACUCCUGAAGUGUCCGGUACUUUGGUGGUUCAAAAUGAUGGCUCUUCUGGUCAAUUGAAAGAGCAUAAUGGCAAUUUGAGUAGCUCUGGUAGAAGGUUAGACAGUGGACCUAAUGGCAAUGGACAAGUUGGAAGUUUGACAGGAAAACUUUUGCUUGAGCAAUCGAGUUCGAAGAGGGAGAAGCCAUUGGCAGAGAAAGACGUAUCUGCUGAAAGAGAAGACCCUUCUGAGUUUAUUACACAUAGGGCUAAAGAUUUUCUUUCAAGCAUUAAGGAAAUAGAGCAUCGGUUUUUCAGAGCUUCUGAAUCCGGUAAGGAGGUCUGUAGGAUGCUCGAGGCCAAUAAAAUCAAUGUUGGAUAUUCAGAGGCAAAAGGGAGAUCAUCUGUCUCGGCUAUUUUUAUGGCUUUGCAGCUUGUUUGCUGCAGCAGAAAGGGUGCACUUGUCUCUAAUGAACCUCCACAACAUGUUACAAAGGUAAUCACUUGGAAGAGGACAAUAUCAUCGAGAUCAUCUUCAUCACGCAAUCCUCUGGCUACAGCAACAAAAGAUGAUGGAGAUGACAGUGGAAGUGAUUUUGUGGAAGAGUUCUGCAUGAUUGCAGGAAGUCAUUCCUCAACCAUGGAUAGACUGUACGCAUGGGAGAGAAAAUUAUACGAUGAAGUGAAGGCAAGUGAAUCUAUCAGAAAGGAAUAUGACCAGAAGUGUGAUCAGCUUAGAUAUCUGUUUGCUAAGGAUUAUAGCAGUCAUGUGAUUGAUAAAACCCGGGCAGUUGUGAAGGAUCUACAUUCCCGGAUAAGAGUGGCUAUUCAUUCUGUUGAUUCAAUAUCAAAGCGGAUUGAGAAGAUGAGGGAUGAAGAGUUGUAUCCACAACUUAUGGAAUUUACGCAGGGGUUGAUCAGAAUGUGGAAGGCCAUGCUUGAAUGCCAUCAUGCACAGUACAUCACAAUCUCAUUGGCAUAUCACUCAAAGAGCUCAACAGGAACUCCCCAAGGAGACACCCGCCAUCAGAUCAUGGAUCAACUAUUACAGGAGGUCGAAUGCUUCGGCCUAAGCUUUGCAGAUUGGAUUAACAGCCACACAUCAUAUGUGGAAGCUCUUAAUGGAUGGCUUCAACACUGCAUCCUACAACCACGUGGGCGUUCCAAAAGCAGAAGGCCAUUCUCCCCUCGCCGAGUUCUUGCACCUCCUAUUUUUGUUCUCUGUCGUGAUUGGGCAGCUGGGAUCAGAGCAUUAGAAUCUAAUGAGCUUACAGCUGCAAUUAGAUCCUUCUUGUCGGACCUACAUCACAUGAUGGAGCAUCAAGUAGAGGUACACAAGAGGACAGUCGAUGCGAAGGAUGGAGAACCAGAGAACAAGGAUGAUGAGAACAGCAGGGAUUCGUCGUCGCCAAAUCUGAGCUGCAUACAUUCAAGCUUGACAAAGGUUCUUGAUAGACUGACCAAAUUUUCUGAAGCAUCAUUGAAAAUGUAUGAAGAUAUUAGGCAGAAAAGUGAAGCAGCUCGAACUGCAUAUUCGAACUGUAAACCCAGAUACUAAAAGGUUAUGUAAUUACUAGCUUAUAAAGUGUUUCUUGAGUUUGUGGAUGGA